AAUGAAUCUCGAUCAGGAUUUCGUAGUCGAAGAAUCGAAAGAAAUCGAUAAUUAUCGAAAAUUGUUUUCGACCUGUCAACAAUGAGUACUUCUGGCACUUCUCAAGAAAAAUUAGAGAAUUGCGAAGUUUGCGGAAAAGAGGCGGCGAAGUACACGUGUCCAAAAUGUGAGGUUAGGUCUUGCAGUCUCACGUGUUCGAAUAUUCACAAAAAGGAACUUAAUUGUGAUGGAAUUCGUGAUAAAACAAAAUAUUUGCCAAUUAAAGCAAUAACAGAAUUAGAAUUAGCGAGUGAUUAUUGUUUACUUCAAGAAGUUGGCAGAUGCGUUGAUAAAUACGGACGAGAUCCUAUUAAACGUACAUCGUUAAAUAAUUUUCUUCCAACGUUUCUUCGUAAAUUGAAAUAUGCUGCUUUCAAAAGAGGAGUUACUUUAGAAUUUUUACCUCGCAGUUUUAGUCGUAACAAAGAAAAUACAACGCGUUUUAUUUGGAAUAAAAAUGAAUUACUAUGGCGAAUUGAUUGGAUUUUUCCACAGGGAGAAAAUGUCAAAUGGACCACGGAAAAAGCUUCCGAAAAGGCGAGAUUGUCCGUUUUAUUAGAAAAUGUUCUCGAACCGGAUAUAAAAGUAAACGAAGAUCAAGAACAAAAUAAUUUGAAAUCAAUUUUACGAAAUAAAUUACAAUUCUAUCGUUCCGUCGGUUUAAAUGGAAUCAAAGUUCUCAUGAAGGCUGAGAAAGUACAAAAUUCAAGUUCCAGAUUCUACGAAUUGGAUUUGAAUUUAACGCUCGCAGAAAAUUUGGAACAAAAAUUAAUUAUCGAGUUCCCGACAUUUUACGUUAUUUUAAAGGAUCAUUCGGAUAUGUACGAAAUGAUCGAUUCUGAUGACGAGCGUGAAGAUUGUGAAGCGAAAAAUUUCCGACACAAGAAGAAAUUUAAAGGAAGACAAGAAAAUUUUGCACAUCCACCAAAUAAACCACAAAAUCUUUCAAAAUCAAACGAAACAGAAAAGCAAGAAGGAAUAAAUUUUCUCUUUCAUACCGAAUUCACUGACUCAGAGGACGAGAAGGGAAAAAUGACAAGGGAAAAAAAUACAAAAUUCCCUGAGAAAAAGAGAAAAUUUGAAAAAAAUCCAAAACAACAAUUAAUUAUACCGAAAAAAAUGCCAAAAACACGAGAUUCCAUAAAAGAAUUCACGGGAAUUUGUAUGUCCGAUUCUGAAGAUGAGAUUACAAAGAUUAAAUCAAUUUCAAUUAAUUCUUCGGUUAUAGUUGAGAAAAAAUCAAAUGAACCUGAAGCAACAGAAAAACCUAGUGAAUUUUUCAAUUCUCAGAUAACAGACUCGGAAAAUGAAGCACCUGAGGAGAAACCAAUCGAGAGACAUUUGGAGAACAAAAUUCAAGACGAAGCAAAAAUAGAGAAUGUAAAUAAAAACGAAAACUGUGCAAAUUCUUCAAUUAAAAAUAUUGCAAUGAAUUAUUUUAGCGCCUACAUGUCCGAAUCAGAGGAGGAAACAAUUCCUGAACAGACGGAAGAGUCGAAAAAUUCAGGAUUACAAAUUCCCGAUUAUAACGUACUUGUUAAAAUGAAUAAUUAAAAUGUAUUACAAUAUUACAGAAAAAAUGUAUAUUGUAAUCGUUGAAGUAAAUAUAUAUUUUUUUAUAAAUAAAA